CAUCAUGAAAAGGAUGGGGGCUAAACGGUUAUUUAAACAUCCUGUUGGAAUGACUGCACAUCGUACGUACUAUUGCAAAUAAAGAGUUCAAGCAAUCUCCCCCCCAAGGAAACGAGCAAGUAACGAUUCUGGAUUGAAUAAAACAAUAAACUCGACACUUUAGCGAUCGUUCGACCUUUUUAACGUCAUCAUCCCUUUAUCCAACAUGUGAAAUUCAAAAGGAACGCGCUGAUGAUGAUGAUGCGCGUUAUUUCAAAAGCUGUUAAAAGACAACAAGCCUCGGAAAACCUCAUCUGAAAGUCAUCUACAUUUAUAAAGCGACGAAGGAAUAUGCUCUCCUACAUCCCCGUCCUCGGACGGCUGCGAAUCCAAGACUACCUUCGGCUCUUUCUGGCAGUCACCAUUCUUAUUACCGAACCGAUUUUGAGAUUUGUAUUCGCGGUCUUUUGGCCGUUGAGAUACAUUGUAGACUGGAUUAGGAAAAUGUUUAAACAAGACAAGGAUGCGUCAGAGGAUCAGAAGAAUGGGGAUGAAAAGGCGGAAAAGGUGUUUGAGACCUUGAACUCGACGGAAGAGUUUGCACGAUUUUGGGGCUUUCCUUUCCAACACCACUAUGUGACAAGCAAAGAUGGCUAUAUCCUCGCCCUCCAUCGUAUACCCACCUCUCGCGCCGAACAUGAAUCCAGAAAGCGGGAAAAGGCCCUCGCCCGUCGGUCCGGCACCCGUCCAACACGACAGUCAACCAACAACCGCCCUGUCGUCCUCCUCUGGCAUGGGUUUCUCAUGUGCUCUGAAGUCUGGGUGUGCACUCCUGAUCCAAAGCUGUCCCUUGCCUUUACCUUGGCUGAUGCGGGGUAUGAUGUAUGGUUGGGGAAUACACGAGGGAACAAGUAUAGCUGUAAACAUCGGAGUUUGAAACCCACGGAAGAAGCAUUUUGGGACUUUUCGAUGGAUCACUUGGCUUUAUAUGAUUUACCGGAUGCAGUUGAUUAUAUUCUCAAAGUGACGGGUGUCCCGUCGCUCACGUACAUUGGUUUUUCGCAAGGCACAGCACAGGGAUUCUCAUCCCUCUCCAUCAACUCCAAGCUGAACAAACGUAUCAACCUCUUUGUGGCUCUCGCACCCGCCGCGAAGCCGAUGGGCCUCGAAAACAAAGUCCUAGGAACUAUGCUCAAUAUCUCCCCGGAAAUUGUUUUCCUUCUCUUUGGUCGUAAAUCUCUGUUGUCUAUUACCCUCUUUUGGCAGAGCAUUCUGACACCACUCAGUUUUGCGUGGUUGAUUGAUGUCGCUGUGCGGUUUCUGUUCAAGUGGAAUGCAGAAAUGAUUGAUCAUAAGAAUGUUUGUUAUCAGCAUUUGUACUCCUACACAUCCGUCAAGUGUGUGGUCCAUUGGUUCCAAAUUAUCCGGAACGGACGGUUCCAAAUGUACGACGAAAGUCCGACUGUACUCCCCAACUCUUCAUCGGGCCAUGUUGUGCCAAAGUUUCCGACGGAGCAUAUUCAGACGCCGAUUGCAUUGUUUUACGGAGGGAAGGAUACGUUGGCGGAUAUGAACUGGUUAUUGGAAGAGACCGCGACACCCAUCUAUUGUAUGAAGGUGGAUGAGUAUGAGCACAUAUGCUUUCUGUGGGCGCGAGGCCUCGAAAAGACAGUAUACCCUGCCAUUCUCGGCCUCCUUCACGAAUACGCCGAAACAUGGUCGGACACGUCUGCGACCGUCCAAGCCGACUCUACACCUAUCCGCACGGUACCUUGGAUCUCAGAGACCCAAAUAUCGACUCUUCUCGAAAUGGGACAAGGUCGCCCCGAUGAAACUGGCUCGAAAAUCGUUCUGGAUGGGCGCGUGAGCGCUGAGAGAGUUCUCAUGGCUUCGUCACGGCCCCUUACUCGCGCCGCAACCUUGACCGAGGCCCUGCUGCAACCGGUUGACCAACCCGCCGAACAAGAAAUCCACCAAGCCGUUCUUCGUGCUCUCGAGAAGGAGAAAUCUCAUACGAAUUUGGAACCACUUGUCACCGAGAGUGGUAAAGGUGGGGGACGGUAUCCUCUUUCAGGAACCAGAGUCCGACCGGUUGGCCGCAAAAAUUCUGUUCAACCUCAACCGGAAGCGACGCAUGAGGCACAUCUUGCCUCUCCAUGGUCCGAUGCUUCCCCUAUUAUGAGUGAUGAGGAGGAAGAGAGAGAGGACCAAGACGAGUAUGAUAGGAAUGAUGAGCACGAUGAUGACGAUGAUGAGGAGUCUUUGACGCCUACGGAAAUAAACGGUAAAUUGCGAAAGAGGCUUCCUCUUGUGGACGGUGUCGAAUGAUGUAGGACUAGGACAUCCAUGUUUUUUUUUAUAGCGGUUCUUUUCUAUAUUUCUGCCUGUUUUUCUUUCUUAUCCAAUAUAUAUUUCAUUAUCAACAUA